CACCGUCCCGGCAUUCUUUGGCAGACAUGGCGGCGGUGGAGGCGGCGGAGAUCCAGUUCGCUCAGCGCCUCGCCUCCAACGAGAAGCGCUUCCGCGACCGCGCCGUCAAGAAGCUGCGGCGGUAUCUCAGCGCCCGCUCGCAGCGACUCUCAGGUGGUUUCAGUCAAGACGAGUUACUCAAAAUAUGGAAGGGCAUCUUCUACUGCAUGUGGAUGCAAGACAAACUUCUCCUGCAGCAAGAACUGGCAGAGUCCAUUGCCCAGCUUGUACAUACGUUCAGGAAUCUGGAUGCCAAGUUCCUGUUCCUGGAGACGUUCUUCCAGACCAUGAAUCGCGAGUGGAAUGGGAUUGAUCGACUGCGCAUGGAUAAGUUCUACACUCUGGUCCGCCUGGUACUGAGGCAGUUUCUCGAGGAACUGAAGAGCAUGGGCUGGGAUGAAAGUGUCGUCGUCCGAUUCCUGCGGUGUGUGACGGGCGAGGUGAUGAGUUCCGCCGGGAACGCUGCGCCCAGUGGCAUCCGCUAUCAUUUCAUCGACAUCUACCUGCAAGAGCUGGCUAAAGUCGGCACAGAGCAGCUAACCGCAGAACAGAACCUGAAGUUUAUUGAACCUUUCUGCCGAAUUGCCGCCAAAACCAAAGAUCGUAUUCUGUUCCACAUGAUCUACCAGGGAAUCUUCGAGAUAAUGGUGGACCAGGCACCCUUCGCUAUCGAGGAUUUAAUGAACGAGCUGCAGGCCAGCGAGGAUGAAGACGAGUCGGCCGAGGAACUGAGGUCAAGUCCAGCGAUCGUGAAGCCGACAACACCAUCGGCAAAGAUCAACGGGUCGGCGUUGGAGGAAUGUGCGGUGCUGCCGGAGCUGGAUGCAGCCGGAGAGGGGCCAAAACAUUCCCAGUACGUCAAUGAUGUCGGUCCCGUGCUCCAGUUUGACUACGGGGCUGUGGCCGACCGUCUGUUCCAGCUGUCCAGCAGAGCGGGCACUCCCACCCACAACAGGAAGCGCCUGUACAAGCUGGUGCGAAAGUUCCGGGACUUAGCUGAAGGAAUCUUUCCUCAAGAUGCCAUUCCUUGUGACAUGUCUUCAGACGAAGAAGAUGAAGAUGAUUUUAACUGGAGGAAGAAGAAGAAGAGGAAGCAAAGACUGGAGAAGGCUAUGCCGGGGAAGGAGGAAGGAAUUGGUAAGAAAAAGGCCGUGAAAGGGAAGAACAAGAAGAAGCGGUGCCCUAAAGGGAGGCAUCCGUCGGGGACGGGCGAGAGCGAGGGUCCAUCAGAGGGGGUCGUGAAGGAUGUGCCCGAUACCAAGGCAGGGUCGCUCCGGGAACCCAUGAAGAAAAAGAAGAAGAGGUCGAUACUGGUCGCCGGAGCUAUGACACAAGAGGGAGCGGUGGGCGGCAGCGAUGAACCAAGUCGGGGACAGGAUCAUCUGGCCAAGAAAAAGCAAGUCCGCAAAUGCAAGCCCGACCCACGUCCUGUGACCAGCCCCGGCGACGCUGUCUCCAAGAGGAAGAUGAAGAAGGCGUCGCUCUCCAACGGGACGAGCUGGCCCGAAGGUUCGACUCCCAAGGAGCCCAUGGUCUGCAAGAAGGUGAAGAGGGAUGUGGUGAAGCUUCAGAGGCAAAGCAAGAAGCUAGCCGUUGGCAGCGAGGCGCCUGUCAGCCGGGCCGGAGUCAGGAGCAAGAGGAAGGCAGCCGAGCUGUGUGUGGGGUUCGGCAAGAAGCUGAAGAUGAAGAGAAGUCCGGCUGUGGCCCAGGAUGAGGCCCGACCAAAUGUUGUGAUCCCGGCACUGACCGUGGCAAAGCCCUGCGCCUUUGCCAAGUUUGAAAGCGUUCCCGUGUCGAAGUCCCUCUUCAUCAGGAAAGUGGGGGGCGUGAAUUCUACUCCCAGGCUGCGGCGACGUAAGGAGAUUAAAAUCAGGUCGACUUCUACAAAGAAAGUACGUUUUGGAUUGAGAAAGAACACAACAGCAGAAUUUAAGAGGACGGACAAGAGCAUCCUGGUCAGCCCCGCGGGAACAUCACGGGUUGCGUUUGACCCGAAGCAGCAGCCUCGUUACAGCGUGCUGAAGGCCAACUAUACACCCAACUCCUCUCCCCUGCUUCGGCCCAAGCCAGACUCGUUCACCACCAGCAAACGGCCCUCGGCCAUGGACUUCUUCUGAGCUCACCGCAGCUGCCUUAUAACAAGAGUCCCUCAGACAACUUCCCCUCUGUCGAUCCCAGCAUCGUGUCUCCUUUGCUCAAUCAGUGGAUGCUCUCUCUCCCCCACUCGCACACUUGCUCUCUCUCUCCCCAUCUCUCUCUCACACUUUGUUUUGCUCUCUCCCCCUCUCUCUCAUGCAUCCUCUCUCUCCUCUCCCCCCCUCUCACACUUUCUCUUGCUCUCCCCCAUCUCUCAUGCACCCUCUCUCCCCCUCUCCCACUCCCUCUCCCUCUCCCCCCACUCUCUCUCUCUCCCCCUCUCUCUCUCUCCCUCUCUCUCUCUCCCCCUUGCGCUCUCUCUCUCUCUCUCUCCCUCUCUCACACUUGCUCUCCCUCCCGCAUCUCUCUCACGCAUUCUCUCUCUCUCGCUUUCUCUCCCCCCCCCCCACUCUCAUACGCUUUCUCUCGCCCUGCUCUCUCCCGCACUUUCUCCCUCUCUUCUCCCCCCCCCCCCCCCCUUGUCUGCCCCCUUCCUGUGUGAGGCGCUCACUCUGAUGAAGGUUGUGUUGCGCAGACGCAGGGCGACUCUGCCCGUUCAGAUCCGAAUCCCCAGUGCGUGGAGGUGACGUCUGAGGAAGGGCAAGACCUCCACUGGCAUCUCAUCCAAGAUCCCCCUUCUCCUUCCCAUUCCCGUCCGGUCACAGAACCACGCUGCAUUCCAUCAGCUAUAAAAGUCCUGAAGACGUGUGCGAGAUGUCAAUAACUGGGUGCUGGAACGGUUGCAUUUGCCUGGUCAGGCAGCUGCUGUUCACAUGAGCAGGGCCAACACACAACACACGGUUCCUCCUUCCAUGAAGCAUUUCCCUCGGCGGCCAGAAGAGGUCGCUCCCACUCUGUUCACCGCUAGCCCUUGUUCCUCCUUGUCAGUCACUGUCGAUGGCCUCCUGAGUUGGCCAAAUAAAUAGCAACCUGGCAGGCUGCCCUACAAAACCACUGUGUGGAA